AUGCUCGUAUUUAAAAGCAAAAGUGACACCUCCAAAGACUGUACAGCAAACGAUCAGGCAACUUUUCCGGAAGGUGCCGGCAGCAGUAGCAGAAACUUUGACACGUCUCCCGUCUGGGAGAAGAUCGCCAAGAGUUACGACAAGGAGAUUGAUUGGGACGAACUGAUCAUGGGUAUUGGUGUAAUGCGACGAUUUCUUGUUGGUCAAGCAAAGGGUGAUGUAUUAGAAGUAUCGACGGGCACGGGACGAAACUUUGACUACUACAAAGCAGAUCAAAUGGAUUCCGCAAGGUUUACGGACCGGAAUGCAGGCAUGCUGGCCGAAGCCGAAAGCAAAUUUGACAAGUUCAAAGACCAGUUCCGGAAGACGUUUGUUGAAUUUAGACAGGCCAAUGUAAAUGAGCAACCGGCGGGCCGGUUUGACACGGUGGUGGAUACAUUUGGAUUGUGUUCCUGUGGUGAUCCGGAAGAGGCUCUGAUAUCUUUGGCUGAUGCAUGUAAGCCUUCAGAAGACUCGCGGAUCUUGCUCUUGGAACACGGCCGGUCUCAUUAUGACUGGCUGAAUCGAUUGCUCGACAGCAACGUGGACAAACAUGUGAUGAAGUGGGGCUGUUGGUGGAACCGCGACUUGAUGGGAUUGUUUGAGCAGGAAAAGGUCAAGGAAAAGCUCGAGAUUGUCAAGGUGCAUCGAUUUCAUCUUGGCACAACGUGCUAUAUCGUUGCAAAGCCAAAGUUACAAACAGUACCGUCACCAGAAGAUGGCACUGUCCAUAACAAUAAAGAAUAA